AUGGUCUGGGAGGAAUUCUAUCUCGAGCCUCACCAUUUUGACGCAGUCAGCCACGAUCAUCGCCGCCAAAUCAAGGGUAAGGGCAACAGAAUGGACAAAGAGGAACGCGAAAUCUCAAAACUUCAUCUCAGGGGAAAGGACGAGUCGAUCAGCCAUUACAAGGCCAUCGACAACCAGAUCAACUACCUUUCUCGCGAGAUCGCCCGGACUAUCCGCCACAAGGACCACAUGCCACGCUUGGAAGACACCGGCCAGGGCCUAGGUUUCGAUAUUGCGGUUCACAAUCGUCAAACCUCCCGAUAUCCCGACUUCGCCUACCUCAACUCGACCAUCGACGUCUUGCAUUUGAAGGCUCCAUUGUACCGAAUGAGCGUCUCAUCUGAGCUAGCGGCCUGGUGCAAGAAUAUUGAGCACGCUACUGUUGAGUAUACUGGCUACGAGGAUCCUCGUUGGACUAUCGAUGUCACAUGCGAGACCAAGAGCAAGAAGCGCAACGGAAAAAAGCGCCUUGUCGUCUCUGGUCUCAAGUCCUUGGAGACCGUAUAUUUCUAG